AUGCGAGUGCUUGUGGAGGAAAUUGAUGUUGUUGUAGAACAUCAAACUAGUCAAAUGAUUGCUAGAAGACAGCUCCGGGAUAAAUCUAAUCCUCUUGAGUUACCUCAAUCAUUAGUGAAUAAACCGGCAUUUCGGUAUUUACUAGAAAUCUUGACAAGACACUCACAACCAUCAAAAAAGCAAUUUGGAAUUGCACCCAUUAUAAAAUUAAGUGCGAGUUUGCGCUUUUUCGCCGAAGGAGUGUAUCAGACUAGCGUAGGAAAAGAUUCUGACGUCUCAAUAGCCCAGUCAACUUUCUGUAAAGUGCUUGCGGAAUUCAUUAAGAUUUUUGAAACCCAUCUCUGUCCCAUUUGGAUUAAAGUACCAACAACAGAGGAAAAAAGAAGGAUUGCGAUAACUUUUUAUUCGAAGUUCAACCUUCCUGGCGUUGUGGGGUGCAUCGAUGGCAAGCAUGUACAAAUUAUAGCACCUUCGGACAAUAAAGAUAAUUUCUAUAAUAGAAAAGGAAAAUUUAGUAUGAAUGUUCUGCUACUUUGUGACCACCAGCUAAAUAUUCGAUAUGUGGAUUCAUCACAUCCUGGAGCGUGUCAUGACUCCUUAAUUUGGAACACCAGUGACCUACGCACUCACUUCGAACAAAAGUAUUUGCAAGGCGAAACGAACUUAUGGUUAUUAAGAGAUGGUGGCUAUCCAUUGGAGCCCUGGCUAUUAACUCCACAUCGAACUCCUCAAGACGAUUCUCCCGAAAUGCGAUUUAAUGAGACUCACGCAAAAUGUCGCAAUAUUAUCGAACGGACUAAUGGUGUUUUAAAGAACCGGUGGCGCUGCGUCCUUGGCGCACGAGAAUUGCACUAUCGCCUGUAAAAAGCAGCUAAAAUUGUUAAAGUACGCUCAGCUCUACACAACAUAUGUAUCCAUUACAAUGUAAGAGACGAACCCACUGAUUUUAUAGAAUUAAGUAUGCCACAGGAGGACGAAACGGCACCAAUUUCUAAUCAGUACCUAGCCGCCGCUCAAUCCGUUAGGGCCAAUAUUGGACAAGCUCUCUUUUAG